UAUGCACUUGCUUAUGUUCCAAUAAAUAAAAGUGUACAAUAUUUUAAUGAUUUAAUUGAAUCAAAUUAUUUUGUUGAAAACGAAGAUGUUUAAUCCAUGAUGAUUUAUUAUUUUGAGGAUAUGUGGAUCGGACGUCCCAAUCGUCGAAAUGGUCGACGCCCGCCAAUAUUUAGUAUCAAUAUGUGGAAUUUCUAUGAAUCAGUAAUACAGGAUCUUCCGCGCACGAAUAAUUCGGUAGAAGGAUGGCAUGAUGCUUUCAAUGCAGCACUUGGAGCAAACCAUGUUUCAAUAUGGAAAUUCAUACGCUUCUUAAAAAAAGAACAAGUGUUACAAGAGGUUCGAUUGGAAAAACGAUUAUCGGAAGAAUCAAGUCCACCACGCCGUAAAAAGUACAACGAUCAUGAUAUAAAAAUAAAAAAAAUUGUGGAAAAUUGGUCAAAAAUACCAACAGUUCAAUAUUUAAGGGGUUUAUCUUACAAUAUUUAG